GCUGCUAAUGCUGCGUGAGUGAGUGUGUGCUCCAGAGCUAGCCUCGGCACACAUUAUAUAAAAAAAUUAAAAAACAAAAAAAAAUUUAAAAAGCAUAAAAACCCAAAAAAUCCGUUUUCUUUUUUUUUGUAAAAAAAAAAAAUCGGUGAAGCAGGAGUAGAUAUUCGUGGACAAGACGGUAAAGCAAGGGGGAUUUUUUUUUAUUCGACGUGUAUCGCCAUCGAGCUAGCUAGUUGCUGUUGAAGGGGGAAGGCCUAGCUAUUUGGAUUUUAAAAACUGCACUUCGAUUACUUUGCAACUGUCGAUAGCACGUUUUGGCUACACAACGCUCGUUAGCCAUUUUAAAUAGGUACCUGGCUACUUGUGCACCGUGUCAAACUUGACCGCGCCAGAAAAUUUGUUUCAAGCUAGGAUCCCUUCAUUUAGUUAUCUAGCUAGGUCGCUAACGUUAGAGCUAGCUAACAUUAAAAUCUGGGCUCGCUUGCUUUAAUAAUUGGCUAGGUUACUCCGUACAGUAUUGGGUUUGCGGCAGAUAACUGGCUAAUUAUUUUUUUUUAAAAAAUACGUUUUAGACUAAACCAGCAAGCGCGCUAACGGUAGCUAGCCACGUAUUUUAACGUCAGACAGAACGAUCGGCAACGUUAGUUAACAAUUCGAGGUUACUCGCUAACGGGGCUUAGCUACACAGUACGUUGGCAUUUUUUGGAAUUUUUGGCUAGCAGUUCUUUCGUUAACGUUAGUACCCAGUCGCGUACACGAAGAUGAAUCCCAGCGCUCCCAGUUACCCGAUGGCCUCCUUGUACGUCGGCGAUCUCCACCAGGACGUGACUGAAGCGAUGCUGUACGAGAAAUUCAGCCCCGCCGGGGCCAUCCUCUCCAUCCGUGUCUGCAGGGACAUGAUCACUCGCCGCUCCCUCGGAUAUGCGUAUGUCAACUUCCAACAGCCGGCCGAUGCCGAACGUGCCCUGGACACCAUGAACUUCGACGUGAUCAAAGGACGGCCCGUCCGGAUCAUGUGGUCCCAGCGCGACCCGUCGCUGAGGAAGAGCGGCGUGGGCAACAUUUUCAUCAAGAACCUGGACAAGUCCAUCGACAACAAGGCCCUCUACGACACCUUCUCGGCCUUCGGCAACAUCCUGUCCUGCAAGGUGGUGUGUGAUGAGAAUGGCUCUAAGGGCUACGGCUUUGUGCACUUUGAGACCCAGGAGGCUGCCGAAAGGGCCAUUGAGAAAAUGAACGGCAUGUUGCUCAAUGACAGAAAAGUCUUUGUGGGGCGCUUCAAGUCUCGCAAAGAGCGCGAGGCUGAGCUCGGAGCCAGGGCCAAAGAGUUCACCAACGUGUACAUCAAAAACUUCGGAGAGGACAUGGAUGAUGAAAAACUGAAGGAAGUUUUUAGUAAAUAUGGCAAUGCCAUGAGUAUCCGUGUGAUGACGGACGACACCGGGAAGUCCAGGGGCUUCGGCUUUGUCAGCUUUGAGAGGCACGAGGACGCGCAGAAGGCCGUGGACGAGAUGAACGGGAAGGAGCUCAACGGGAAGAUGAUCUAUGUGGGCCGCGCCCAGAAGAAGGUGGAGCGUCAGACGGAGCUGAAGCGCAAGUUCGAGCAGAUGAAGCAGGACCGCAUGACCCGCUACCAGGGCGUCAACCUGUAUGUGAAAAACCUGGAUGAUGGCAUCGACGAUGAGCGCCUGCGUAAGGAAUUCUCACCUUUCGGAACCAUCACAAGCGCUAAGGUCAUGAUGGAAGGUGGCCGCAGCAAGGGCUUCGGCUUCGUCUGCUUCUCGUCCCCGGAGGAGGCCACCAAGGCGGUGACGGAGAUGAACGGCCGCAUCGUGGCCACCAAGCCGCUGUACGUGGCCCUGGCCCAGCGCAAGGAGGAGCGGCAGGCCCACCUCACCAACCAGUACAUGCAGAGGAUGGCCAGCGUCCGCGCCGUGCCCAACCCGGUCAUCAACCCCUACCAGCCGGCGCCGCCCUCCGGCUACUUCAUGGCUGCCAUCCCACAGGCCCAGAACCGAGCUUAUUAUCCAACCAGCCAGCUGGCUCAGCUGAGACCCAGCCCCCGCUGGGCAACCCAGGGCGUCAGGCCUCAGCAUUUCCAGAACAUGCCGGGUGCCAUGCGUCCCUCAGCCCCCAGGCCCCAAACCUUCAGCACCAUGAGACCCCCCUCCCAGGUGCCCCGCAUGAUGUCCACGCAGCGCGUCGCCACCCAGACCAUGGCGCCCCGCCCCUCCGCCACCGCCGCCGCUGCAGCCGCCACCCCGGUGCGCGGCGUUCCUCAGUACAAGUACGCCGCCGGAGUGCGCAACCCCCAGCAGCACAUGGCCACGCAGCCGCAGGUCGCCAUGCAGCAGCCCGCUGUCCACGUGCAGGGCCAGGAGCCACUGACCGCCUCCAUGCUGGCUGCCGCCCCUCCACAGGAGCAGAAGCAGAUGCUGGGCGAGCGUCUCUUCCCGCUGAUCCAGAACAUGCACCCCAGCCUGGCGGGGAAGAUCACAGGCAUGCUGCUGGAGAUCGACAACUCGGAGCUCCUGCACAUGCUGGAGUCCCCGGAGUCCCUGCGCUCCAAGGUGGAUGAGGCUGUUGCCGUGCUGCAGGCUCACCAGGCCAAAGAGGCCGCCCAGAAAACUGUCACCAACUCUGCUGGUGUCCCAAGCGUCUAAGCCAAGGUGUGGGGAACCUUGAAACUUGCUUCACCGAGGGGGGAAAAAACUUUAAACAUUGAAAAAA